CCACGCCAGACCGCCGCACUCAGAGGACUGUUUGUUAAUAGUCCAAUUAGAUAAUUGCCAUCUUUCACUCCUUUUGCUCCGCAUUUCCCAUAAAGGAAUGAAUGGGGAGAGCGGCGUGGAGAGGGCUUCUGCCCCGGCAAGGUGACGAGAAGGGCUGGAGCAUGCUCCUUGCACAAGGCCAUGCGCUUGAAUUGAAUCAUUGUAGCCUAAUCAAUGCUCUUAUUGGAUUACUGGCUGUUGCUUUUCUCAAAGAUAUUGUAGCAGAGACAAUGAAAUAGCUAGGGGAAAACUUUUUUUUUUUUUUUUUUUUGAAGCAGAUCUCACAGUUGAGAUUUUCUCGGCUCUCUCCCUCUCCCCCCCUCUCUCCUGCUGGACUCUGAGUACAAAGCUGCCCUUUGAAUGGGCUGCCUCAGGGCUGACCGGAGGUGCAAGCGUGAAAAAAUCCAACGGGAACACUAAAUGAAGAGAGGUGGCCGUUUAAGAUGGCUGUCAGCGUCGAGGUGUGUUAAGGAGGAGUUAUUUGGGACGAAAGCUUGGCUUUUAGAGUUCGGGGGAGACACUUUUCGGGAAAACUUUUACUCCCCCCCCCUUUUCCCCCUAGAGGCAACCUCUUUCUUCUGCAGCAGGGUGUGCGAGGGUUUUUGUUGGUUUCUCUUUCCCUCCCCCCCCUCCUCCCUCAUUCAGCUCUAUCUGUCGAGUGUGCAGAAAACCCCUCUAGCCAGUAUGUGAGCAGGAGGGUCAAAGGCAAAGGGAAAGUUAAUAAUGCCUGCUAAUGGUACUAACAAUUCAGGAUGAAUCUUGUCAAAAGUUUUUCUGGAAGUGUGGGUCUUUGAUUGUGUGUUUCCUGAAAGCAAGACCAGUCAUUUCCGUUUAUUCACUGGCUAAACCCCUACUUGAUUGGGGACAAGGACAGAAACCAUCCAUUACGAUCUGAUAUAUUAUCCAAACAAUUUAGUGUAUUCAUGAGGUAACCGAAACGUGGGGGCUGCGAAAUUACCCGUAAUCAAUUGCAACAGCGAGUGUACGUCCCCGCGGGUGUCGGACAAGUAGAAGUCGCCGUCUCAGCCACAGGCGGGAGCCGCAGCAUUUCGGAGUCGCUCUGCUUGCUACCUGAUCGCCAGGCUGGGGACACUGGACGUGCUCAGAGGACGCGGACGCUGACGAGGCGGCCUCGCCGCGGCUCCAUCGGGAUCCUGGAUCAGACCCGCCGCCUCUCCGCGAGCGCGCCACUCGCCGGUCGCCGCUGACCCGCCCGCGGUCGCCGCAGCCGCCCCGCGGGGACAUUCAUUCUUGCCGCUUGCCUCUCUCUGGGCUGGGCGCAGGAGCUCCUUUGUAGGGUUUUGUGCCCGCGGCGCCUCCUUUUUUUUUGUUGUUUUUUUUCUUUUUUUUCUUUUUUCCCCCCCCUUUCUUUCUUUUUCUUUUCUUUCUUUUUUCUUUUUUUUUUUUUCCCCCAUGUUCGGGAAACCAGACAAAAUGGACGUUCGGUGCCACUCGGACGCAGAGGCUGCCCGGGUCUCGAAGAACGCGCACAAGGAGAGCCGGGAGAGCAAGGGUGCGGAGGGGAGCCUCCCUGCUGCUUUCCUAAAGGAGUCGCAGGGCGCCUUCUCCGCGUCGGGCGCCGCGGAAGAUUGUAACAAAAGUAAAUCCAAUUCGACUGCCGAUCCGGAUUACUGCCGCCGGAUCCUGGUCCGAGAUGCCAAGGGUUCCAUCCGAGAGAUCAUCCUGCCCAAGGGCCUGGACCUGGACCGGCCCAAGAGGACGCGCACGUCCUUCACGGCGGAGCAGCUGUACCGGCUGGAGAUGGAGUUCCAGCGCUGCCAGUACGUGGUGGGCCGAGAGAGGACCGAGCUCGCCCGGCAGCUUAACCUCUCCGAGACCCAGGUGAAGGUCUGGUUCCAGAACCGGCGCACGAAGCAGAAGAAAGACCAGGGCAAGGACUCGGAGCUGCGCUCGGUGGUGUCGGAGACGGCCGCCACGUGCAGCGUGCUGCGGCUGCUGGAGCAGGGCCGCCUGCUGUCGCCGCCCGGCCUACCCGCGCUGCUGCCGCCCUGCGCCACCGGCGCGCUCGGCUCGGCGCUACGCGGGCCCAGCCUGCCGGCCCUGGGCGCCGGCGCCGCGGCGGGCUCCGCCGCCGCCGCUGCCGCCGCCGCCGCGGCCGCCGCCCCGGGUCCCACCGGCGCCGCGUCCCCGCACCCGCCGGCCGUGGGCGGCGCUCCGGGCCCCGGGCCCGCUGGGCCAGGGGGACUGCAUGCGGGCGCGCCGGCUGCCGGCCACGGCCUCUUCAGCCUACCCGUACCCUCGCUGCUCGGCUCCGUCGCCAGCCGCCUGUCCUCCGCUCCGUUGACAAUGGCCGGUUCGCUGGCAGGGAAUUUGCAAGAACUCUCCGCCCGAUACCUGAGCUCCUCGGCCUUCGAGCCUUACUCCCGGACCAACAAUAAAGAAGGGGCCGAGAAAAAAGCGCUGGACUGAUUUUACGUGUUUGCCUGUAUUUAUAUUUAUAGUAUCUAUUGUGGUGAUAUUUAUGGACUCGCGUAUUCGGCGCCCGAGGCUCCUGGGCUGGGCUUCCCGCUCCCACCAGGCCUCUGACAGCUCUCCUUCCCCAUUAGUCUCUGCUACCAAUCUUAUUUUGGGCUACUUUUUUUCUACCUUCCCUCCGUCCUCCUCUCCUCCCCCCAACUUCCUUCUGAAUCCAGGAGAAUCCAAAGAAUUGGGGGGGGGUGGGGAAUGCCCGAAUUAGCCAACCGAUGCCCCAACCGAUGCCAGGCCCUGGAAGGAAAAGACUGGUUCUAAGUCAAAGCACAGGCCACCUGCUCUAGAUCGGGCCGGGCCGCUGCUGCCGGUGAUCAUUCUUAGGAAUAUUGAAAGAGGAAAGCUGCGCGCAGAGCCCUGGGGCUGAAAAAGCCGGUGGGUUUCGUUAGAGCAAAAAGGAAGACGUUCCUCCCUCUUGCCAGAGAAACCAGGGCUUUGGGGAGCCCCUGAGCCCCACUUUAUGGACUGCUUGGGAGAGCCGAUGCACACGCAGCUUUCUGGCUGGACAAAUCUUGCCGAUUCCCCCCCCCCCCCAACACCUCUAGAGAAGCAACAAUCACAACCACCCCCGACCUCAGGAGAUACACCAAACGUCACGGUGGGCAACGGCGGUGAUACAUUUGAUCGGAUCAGCAAUAAAGCCAGAGUAAUAACGACCACAUAAAACCAGAUGAAGCGAAACCAGUUUUUAAAUGCUCCUGUAACAAUCGAGUUUGGACGGCUUACGAAAAUCCACGGUAGAGAACGCUCCGCGGGGCGAUGCAAAAUUCAAGUUCUGGGUGUUACGACUUUCAACGGGAACUUAAAAGGAAAAAAGCAAAAGAAAAGCCAACGCCGCUAGUGAAAGACAAUUCAGAAUCUUUUCUCCGAGGCUGUUCGGGGCGACGGCCGACAGCUCCCCGCUCCGGGAGCGAGGGAAGGGCGGCUGCCGGGCUCUUCCCGCCAGCGUCUCCCCGACGACGCGCAGGCAGAAUUGCUGGGCUUGGAGACGAAUCGAUGCCCUUUGCGUCCUCUUCCCCACUCCCGGAUUCAGGAAACCCUUCCAGCACGCAGGAAACGACGCAGGAUUUCAGAGCUCUUCUUGGAGGACCGGGUGUCAGGGACGGAGACGGGGACAGCGGGGCUACCGGGCCUCCAGUGUGGUAGUCUCGGUAUUCAGAUCAGCUACCUGCUCAGAUAGGAAAGGCUUCCCUCCCCACACCCCUCCCCCCCCCCCAGGUUUCCACGGUCCCAAGUCAGAAACCCGGACCGCGACACCGUCACAGCCUCAUCCCUUACCGGAGCCACAAACCUCCGUCCCCGCAGCUACGGCCACCCGCAUUUUAACCAAAACUACAGACCUAGACGGCGAGGUGCCGCAGCGUCUAGAAUGUAUUUCUUCAUCCGAAGCGAGCGCAGAGCAUUUUUUAAAAUAGUAAUUUUAUUGUAAAUUAUUUACGUCGGAAGCUCCCCCACCCCUCUUUUUUUUUCUUUUAGGAACUAGUGAAGAAAAUAAUGAACGAUUCAAACAUGGGUAGGUGUCACUGAAUCCUGGCUACUAACUUUGUUCUGAAUGUUUUGGAUAUUUGGAUGUUUUGUAUUUAUGUGGUGAGAGUGAAAUAUAUAUAUCUAAGAUGAUAAAUGAGGUGUAUUUUUGUCUUGUGUUUGAAGGAUAAAAAAACAAAUCAAAAAAGAAGAAGAAGAAGAAAAGGAAGAGAGACCCAGCAAAUGAUAUGGCUCGGUGGCCUGGGGACUCCUGGGGCGGAGGGUGGCAGGCAGCCCCAGAGCUCCAGGCCCUGCAGCCGGUACCCGCCAUGAGCUCCUGAGAGGAGGUUUGGGGCGGACU